AUGUUACGUCAAACUGCACUUAAACCAUUAAUUCCCCUAACAAGGAACAUCCUAGCAAGAGCCGUCCUCUCACCCACCCUUGCUUCCUCGAGAAGGUUGGCUUCCACCUCCACUAAACCACAACCUACAGAGGCAUCCUCCAUCUUAGAGGAAAGAAUUAGAGGUAUUUCUAACGAAGCCAACUUGAAUGAAACAGGUAGAGUUCUUGCCGUCGGUGACGGUAUCGCCAGAGUCUUUGGUUUAAACAACAUCCAAGCUGAAGAAUUAGUCGAAUUCUCAUCCGGUGUCAAAGGGAUGGCUUUGAAUUUGGAACCAGGUCAAGUCGGUAUCGUGCUUUUUGGCUCAGAUAGAUUAGUUAAAGAAGGUGAAUUGGUCAAAAGAACCGGGAAGAUCGUUGAUGUCCCGGUGGGGCCAGCUAUGUUAGGUAGAGUCGUUGAUGCAUUGGGUAAUCCAAUCGAUGGGAAGGGCCCAAUUAAGGCUGAAAAGCAUUCAAGAGCUCAAGUGAAGGCCCCAGGUAUCUUACCAAGGAGAUCUGUCCACGAACCAGUGCAGACUGGGUUGAAAGCUGUCGAUGCUUUGGUCCCAAUUGGGAGAGGUCAAAGAGAAUUGAUUAUCGGUGAUCGUCAAACUGGUAAGACUGCUGUUGCAUUGGAUACUAUUUUGAAUCAAAAAAGAUGGAAUGAAGGGAAGGAUGAAUCCAAAAAAUUGUAUUGUGUUUAUGUCGCUAUUGGUCAAAAAAGAUCUACUGUCGCUCAAUUAGUUCAAACUUUGGAACAACAUAACGCUCUACAAUAUUCUAUCAUUGUUGCUGCUACAGCAUCUGAAGCUGCUCCAUUACAAUAUUUGGCUCCAUUCACUGCUGCAUCCAUUGGAGAAUGGUUCAGAGAUAACGGGAAACAUGCUUUGAUUAUAUACGAUGAUUUAUCCAAACAAGCUGUGGCUUAUCGUCAAUUAUCUUUGUUAUUGAGACGUCCUCCUGGUCGUGAAGCUUACCCAGGUGAUGUUUUCUACUUACAUUCAAGAUUACUAGAAAGAGCCGCUAAGAUGUCUGAAAAGGAAGGUGGUGGUUCAUUAACUGCUCUGCCUAUCAUUGAAACUCAAGGUGGUGAUGUCUCUGCUUAUAUUCCAACUAAUGUCAUUUCCAUUACUGAUGGUCAAAUUUUCUUAGAAGCUGAAUUGUUCUACAAGGGUAUUAGACCGGCCAUCAACGUUGGUUUGUCUGUGUCUCGUGUCGGUUCCGCGGCUCAAGUUAAAGCUUUGAAACAAGUCGCUGGGUCUUUGAAAUUAUUCUUGGCUCAAUAUAGAGAAGUCGCAGCUUUUGCUCAAUUCGGUUCAGAUUUAGAUGCCUCAACAAAACAAACUUUGGUUAGAGGUGAAAGAUUGACUCAACUAUUGAAACAAAGUCAAUAUUCUCCACUAUCUGCCGAAGAACAAGUCCCAUUGAUUUAUGCCGGUGUUAAUGGUUACUUGGAUGAAGUGGACAUAUCAAGAGUUGGUGAAUUUGAAUCUUCAUUCUUAGCAUUUUUGAAAUCCAGCCAUGAAGAAAUCUUGUCUGACAUUAGAGAUAAGGGUGAAUUAACUAAAGAAUUAAUGGCUGCUUUGAAAUCUGCUACAGAAUCAUUCGUAGCUACAUUUUAA